CAGGAUGCAGAGGCAUGUGUAUUGAGAGAGGUGCUCCUCUCAAGCUGGGUGGGAGGAGCGCCGAGGUCUAUAUACAUGUGUGGGCAGAGCUGACAUGUGCCCCCUGAGCGCAGGGAGCCUGGCAGAUAGAGUCACGUGUGCACUAGCACGCGACACACCCCCCAGACAGACUCUCAGGAGGCUGUCUGUGGAACACGCAUGCUGGGCACUGACUCUGGAGCUCGCACUGCCAGGCGCAUUGAACUGUGGCCUCCGGUAUUGAUCCCACCAUUGCGCGCAGCCGCCGCCAUUGUGCAAGUUGUCCGCGCGCCAUUGUGUACGCGUUGUGGCGCGUGCGUUGGCGAAUUGCGUGCUGCGCUGAAUGCGGUCAGACCCAGGGGCGCCAAAGUUGACAUUCAGGGGCGCUGUCGUUGGCAUUGUUGCGAGCGCCAUUGAUCGCAUUGUGCGCAGUUCCCAAUUGCGCAGCGCGUUCCAUCCCCAUCCUCCAUUCAGGCGCGUAUCUUGAAUCGUGCCGCCUCGAUUGUGGGUGCAGGUUGCGCAAUUGAGCAUUGCGAUCAUUCGCAUGUGUGCCAUUGUGGCCUUUGUUGCCCAACGUCUUGAAUGCACGCCCACCAUUGCUACCCAUUGUUGCAUUCGCGCCAUGCAGACAAUACCGCAGUGCCGCAGGCCGGUCGAUGGCUGCACUCCUGGAAGUAUUUAAUCAUGGUGAGUGCGCCUCAAACCAUCUCCCGAACUCUUCCUCUGCAGACCGCGAGCAACAGCAGCAGCAUCAGCAACAACAACAACAUCAACAACAACAACCAUGCCGUCCUCUGCUCGCCUCGCCGCUCUCGAGAAGGCCCGCGCCGCCAAGGCGGCCAAGAACAAGCCUCCCCCGCUCCCGGCCACCCCCACCAAGGCUGGCGCUGGCGCCAGCAAGAAGACCCCCGCCACGCCGAAGACCCCCUCCAAGCGUGCGGCGCCCCCCUCCUCCUCCUCCUCCUCUUCGGAGGAUGAGGAGGAGGAGGGCGCCCUGAGAGAGCAGCCCUGCCUGGGUUGCCUGAAGUCCGCCAUGCGCGGCAAGAGCUCUGGGGAGUGCCGGGAGGCCCCCGGCAAAGCGGCCCGGUGCGCGCGCUGUGCGCGCGGCAAGAAGUGUCGCUCCAUCCCCGCGAGUGUGCUCCCCGCCGCCAAGCACUUCCUGGCCCUGAUGCAGGGGCGCCAGGAGCCCAAGGCCAAUCUCGACCAGAAGACGCUGCGCGCCACCCUGCGCGCCCUCCUCGCCAUGGAGUGCGAGGACGCCGACGCCGAGGAUGACGACGACGAUGACGACGAGCGCGCGCCCGCGCCCGCCAAGGGCAAGGGCAAGGGCAAGGCAAAGGCGGCCGCGCCCACCAAGAAGUCCAAGAAGGCCAAGAAGGCCAAGAAGGAGGAGAGCGAGGAGGAGGACGAGGAUGAGGACGAGAGCGAGGAGGAGGCUGCUCCGGGCUUUGACCCGGAGGCGCUGGCGCGUGGUGUGGCGGCGGCGGUGCUGGCCGCCAUGACUCCCAAGAAGAAGAAGGGUGGCAAGUAGUUCCGCGUUGUUGUUUGUUGUUUCGCGGGUGCGGGCACCCCCCAGUCUGUUUUGCGCCGGCGUGCGCUCCUGUGUUUAGUUUGUUUUUUACUCAAGCCUUGCGUUCCUGUCCCCCUGAUCGUCUCCCUGCACCAUAUGACGCACAUCCUGCAGGUUGAGGAGCUCCCUGAAGUGCUCGAACUUCUGGCGAGUCAACACCUUCGUAAGCCCAUCUGCAGGCAUCUCAGCAGUUGGCAAGUACGCGACCUCGAAAGAUCCCUUCGCGUGUUCCUGACGCAGCCACAUGUUGUGGAUGUCAACAUGACGCAGGCGAGUGCUGAUGCGUUCGUUCUCUCCCACCACGAGCCGGAUGGUCUGCGUGUUGUCACAGAACACAGUCCAAGGCACACCCAGCUCAAGUUGCAGGUCGCUGAGGAAACGCUUGAACGCCAUUGUCUCCCGCGCUGCGGUGGACAGAGCGAGGAGCUCCGCCUCCGUAGACGAGGUGGUGACUGUAUCUUGGCGCGCAGCCUUCCAAUGAACGAGCCCACCGAACAGAGAGAUGAGAUAGCCUUGUGACGACCUGCGCGUAUCAGGAUCAUCCGCAUGCGACGCGUCCCCUGCGAUGAGCAAGAUUUGCGUGGGAGCAGCAUCCUGCGGCACACCCCCGAACUGAAUAGCGAGGAAGCGCGUGCCAAACAGGUAGGAGAUUGCAUGCUUUGCAGCAUCAAUGUGUGUCCCCGAGGGGUUCGUCAGGAAGUGCGAGAGCAACGAUGCCGGGAACGCGACCUCCGCGCGCAGUACGACCGCGGCGUAGAGUAGCGAUCCAACAAGCUCCUGGAACAGCCUGAUCUGCGCUCGAGUGGCAGUGCCAGUGAACUUGCGGAGUUCCAUUACAGGGAGAGGGAUGCUUGGAAAGGUGAUUUGAUCCGCGAGACCGAAGCGCUUCGCAAUCUUCUCGAUGUACUGGUCAAGGCAGAGCCAGAUCUUGCGUUGCGCGCGGUCGCGGAUCACCCUGAUGCCCAGGAACCAAGCCACGUCCCCCUUUUCGUGCACUUCGUACUUCGCUUUCAGAGCGUCGAUGAUCCUCUGAGCUGUCUCCGCGUGGUCUCUGUGGUAGAAGACUAGGUAGUCGUCCACGUAGAACAGCACGAGCACGCGCCGUUGGCGAUCGAAGAACAAGCAUGGCUCCUCAGGCGAAGCUGUGAGGCCGAGCUUCCGAAGUGUGCCGGAGAACUCUCGGUACCAGAGCAACGGAGACUCUCGCAAGCCGUACAGAGCUCUCUGCAGUUCCACAAGAAAUCCAGGCUCUUCGAACCCCUCAGGCAUCUCGCAAACAACACCCUCAGGCAGGUCCGCAUUCAAGAACGCCUGCGCUACGUCGAACUGCUUGACCUCAAGAUCAAACUGCGCGGCGAUAGCCAUCAUUGUGCGGAACGAGCGCGCUGCGAGUGUGGCUGCAUAAGUGCUUUGCAGAGUAGUGAGCUCCUGAAGGUCGCCUCGAACGCAGAUGCGAGACUUGCACUUCUCGAGGUUGCCAUUCUGAUCGAACUUGUAGACGAAAACCCACUUCAGAGGGAGUGGUCUUCCUUUGAAGGUCUCGCGCCGAAUCUUGCGCCAUGUCUUCCUGUUGACGAGAUUGCGAAUCUCUUCCUCAGCCGCUUUGAUGAACUCGGGCCCUUGAGGGUGGUUGGCGAGAUCCCUCCAGCGCUUAGGAAGCUUGGCGAGGUCGUCAAAAUGCACCCGGGGCCUGCUUGGCGUUGCCCCAGGACGCGCGUCACGAUGUUGGCGGACUGCCGCCGCGAAAACCGCAUGCAAUGUGCGGUGCUGGAUGCUGUCGCCCUCCUGCAGAGCGAUUACAGGGUCAUCCAAAAAUGUGUGGCUGAACGAAUGCCACGCGUGCUGAUCUGGUACGUCGAUGCUCUCCUCAUGGUACAUGGGGGCUGCGAAGCACACCAGACCGCCGCUUCCGCCUGCACCGCCGCCGGGAGACUGUCUACGGAUCCGUCUUGAGUAACGAGUUGGUGGUCCGUAUACCUUGCGCACGUACUUGCGCUUCUCCCUCGCUGGCGUGGCUGCGGGUGUUCCAGAAUCAGGCUGAGAACCAUGGUUUGAGGCGUCUUCCCAGUCGUCUGGAGCCUCUGGCUGAUCGCCAGGGCGGUCGACCUCCUCUUCACUGCUAGGAGUAUCGACUGCGGCAGCACUUGCCGUCGUGCUGCCCUGGCUGGCACUCCUAGUUGUGCCGCCAGCGACGCUGCUACUGGCGUCUCCGAUAACUGCAUCAGGGGCCUCCGAUGAUGCAGUUCCCACCGGUCUGCUGUCACUGCUAGCACCGUGAUCAGCAGGGGGGCCGCUCCCUCCAAAACCGUCCGGGCGUUCCUGGCGCGGCUCCGGUGUUGGUUCUGGAGUGUAAAGACCACCAGUGGGCUCCUCACCCGAACUCUGGCCGCGAUGCUCGAGUACUUCC